AGGUGCUCGAGAUUUCUGCCCGGUGAAGCCAGUGCAAUGCAGAAAUAUGAAAAAUUAGAGAAAAUAGGCGAAGGUACAUAUGGCACAGUAUUCAAGGCAAAGAACAGGGAGACAUGUGAGAUAGUAGCUCUGAAGAGAGUCAGACUAGAUGAUGAUGAUGAGGGUGUACCUAGUUCAGCAUUACGUGAGAUUUGUUUACUAAAGGAGCUGAAACACAAAAACAUUGUGAGACUUCACGAUGUCCUUCACAGUGAGAAGAAGCUGACUCUAGUCUUUGAGUAUUGUGAUCAAGAUCUGAAGAAAUACUUUGACAGUUGCAAUGGAGAUAUUGACCCUGAUGUUGUCAAGUCCUUCAUGUAUCAGUUGUUGAGAGGUCUUGCUUUCUGUCACAGUCAUAAUGUACUACACAGGGACUUGAAGCCACAGAACCUGCUCAUUAAUAAGAAUGGAGAGUUAAAGUUGGCAGAUUUUGGUCUGGCCAGAGCCUUUGGUAUCCCAGUACGGUGUUACUCCGCAGAGGUUGUCACUCUAUGGUAUCGCCCCCCUGAUGUCUUGUUUGGUGCUAAACUGUAUACAACCUCUAUAGAUAUGUGGUCCGCGGGGUGUAUAUUUGCAGAACUUGCCAAUGCUGGCCGUCCGUUGUUUCCAGGAAGUGACGUGGAUGACCAACUGAAGAGGAUAUUCAGGUUACUAGGCACACCUGGUGAAGACACCUGGUCAGGGAUGACAUCUUUACCUGACUACAAGCCAUACCCCCCAUUCCACGUGACUACCAACUGGCAACAUGUGGUACCUAAACUGAGUACCAAGGGAAGAGAUCUACUACAGCGGUUACUGGUCUGUAACCCGUCUGGUAGGAUAUCUGCGGAGGACGGAAUGCAGCACAGUUACUUCGCAGAUCUCAACCCAGCUGUGAAGCAAGGAUGAGGGAUUGUCGAAUGGAGAUUUAUCCACAGAGAUCUAUCAAAAGCCAUUUUUUUUUUUUUUUUACAUUGAAUGUUAUAUUUUUUUCUGUAUCACACCAUUUGAGAAAUUGAUCGUUGGAGAUGUAAAAGUGUCUACAAAAAUUGACUCUCUGGGUUGUGCAUGGCCACUUAACUGCACGCGCCUUUAAACAGAUUAAAUCACGACUGCGGGGUUUAAUUACUAGGAUGGCGUGUGUGGAGGCGGAAGACCACCAGCAGAUUAGUCGACUUUGCUUUCUUGUAAGAAAUGGCAUAUUUGAUUUGUGGAUCAGUAGAUCCGAGGAUCAUCUGUUGUGAAUGGCCUCAUACAUUUGAAAAGCAGUUAAAAAUCCCACUGCAUAAUGCCGUAAUUACAUAUUAGGGCCAGUUAAACUGGUGUGGUACAGAAAACUAUUGUUCUUUGGUAAAAUGGCCUGACAGUUGACCAUUGUGAGACUAAAACUGACAGUUGUGAGCAAAAAGUGCAAGUUGAGUUAUUCUGAGCACAACAUUACAACAGAAGAGUCCAGGAGUUUUUUAAUUGUAAGGUUAUUUUUGUUUGAUAUUGUCUUAAAGGUAUAUUUUGUAAUCCUAUCAGUGUUACAUUUCAUGUAGUUUGUAUGCUUAGCUCAGCUAACUGCAGUUCUAUGUAUUCUGUAUAUAACUACAGGAGAACUGGAAGAAUUGCAAUUCAUGUUUUACAUCAGCACAAGCCUUAAAAUGAGUACAAAUGUACAGAUCACUGGAGAACCCCACCCCCCCCUCUCUUAUCUGCAGUAGGUCUUGCUCAGAGCCUCUAGCAUACCUUUACAUUAGCUGUAAACUCCCAAAUAGGUUUAUCUCGAACCCCCUGUGAACAUGUAUUCUGUGCUUUGAGGGGGUUGUUUAUGAAAAAAAAAAAACAAAAAAAAACUGAAGCAGUAAAUUGAUCUCAAUUUUAGACCGUAAAACCAUUUACUUCAGUCUAGGAUAGAUUAAUCUCACAGUUGUCCACAGAAAUGGAAUAAGUCAUGGUAUGAGACAAACUUCAUCUUUCUUGUUAUAAACCAGCUGCAGUUCUUCAUUUAGUUGGACGACUGCUGGCCUGUUUCAGGUCAAAGUGCAUUGAAUUUUUGGUCUAGAAAUUAAGACCAGUUUUGAGGUUUGAGAGUUUUCUUUGAAAUAAGUCCCAAAAAUAAAGAUGGGUAUUAUUA